AUGGCGUCUCCCGCGCAGAAGCGCGCCAACGUCGUAGUAUCCAGGCUCAUCCCGCCUGUGUUACUCGGCGCUGUGACAUACGCUUCCUAUGCGGUCACGAAACCAUUAUGCAUCGACUAUCUAAUUCAUCCGUUACCCUCCUAUAACCGAGGCCCCCGAGUCGGCGCUGGCGCCGCGAUCAUCGCGAUCUAUUACGUCCUUUUAAUCCCCAUGGUCGUUUCAUACCUGCAUCUUUAUUAUCAAGUCCUGUGGAAUCCUGGAUUCCUUCCCCUCGGCGAACAAAAAGUGGCAGAUGACGAGAAUGCAAAGCAAUCAAAACGCCGUCGUGGAAACAAAAGCACGCUCAAACCCGAUCCGGAGAAGACAACCCGGACAGACGCGGAUGUGGAGAGAGGCUCGAACUUCACUGCGGUAGACACCGCGGUUCAGUCGGAUCUUGGGUUGGAGAGCUUUUAUACAAAGGAUGUCUUCAUCUGCCAGGCGGACGGCCGGCCCCUGUGGUGCACUACGUGCUGUCAGUACAAGACAGACAGGGCGCACCACUGCCGCGAGUUGGGUCGAUGUGUGCGCAAAAUGGACCAUUUUUGUCCUUGGGUUGGAGGUGUGGUGUCAGAGACAUCGUUCAAAUUCUUCAUUCAAUUCGUUGCUUAUACCAGCAUAUUCUGUACCUUUGCUCUCAUAACCGGAGGAGUAAACCCCCAUUGGUGUGUCUGCAUUGGACUGAGCGGCCUUUUUGCCUUUUUCACCGCCGGAAUGACCCUCAGCUCAGUUCAAAUGAGCAUCUUCAACAUCACAACAAUCGAAAACCUAAACCGACGCACCGCCGUCUGGACCCUCGCCAUCCGUGUCCCGGAACACCUCCUCGAGCGACUCUGGGUAGUCGAGUCGCCCUGGGCUCCGACAUUCCGCAUGGUCUCCUACCCACUGCAAGCACCGUCGUCUGCAACGGAAUCGCAAACAACAAACCCCUCCCCGGGCGAACAAAGGCACGUCUUCGCCAUCCUCCACACUCUGCCGGGCGAGAAUCCCUUCGACCUUGGCAGCCCAUUAAAAAAUAUCCAGCAGGUCAUGGGAUACAAUGUCUUCGAUUGGCUGCUGCCGAUCAAGAAGAGCCCGUGUGCCGACCAUAGCAGCAUGGAGAGUCAUUUUGCCCUGGGACCCGUCGUGACCCGCUUGCGGCUGGAGGCUGGACUGGCCCCGCCGCCCGAGAACGGGGCUGCUGUUCCACAGUCCCCACAUUCGGGGCGUAACCACCGGGAAAAAUCCCCCUAG